UAAGCCCACGUCCACACUACAGCUUAAAAUCGAUGUUAUUAAAAUCGAUUUUAUAAUACAGGAUUUAUAAAAUCGAUUUUACGCGUCCACACUAGGGCACCUUACGUCGGUGGUGUGCGUCCACGUUCCCUGGCGUCCAUCGAUUUCAGGAGUGUUGCACUCUGGGUACCUAUCCCACAGUUCCUGCAGUGUUCCCUGACCCUUGGAAUUAUGGGUUACCACCCCAGUGCCUGAUGGGGCAAAAAUCACUGUCAUGGGUGGUUCUGGGUACAGCCUCACCCCCUCCCUUCCUGAAAGCAGCAGACAGCCAUUUCGCACGUUUUUUACUGGGUGAAGUGAGCAAACGCCAUUUUGCAGCAAGCAUGGAUCCUGGUCAGAUCUUUACCUUGAUCGCGGAUGUUGUAAACAGUUCACGCAUUCUCCUGCUGUCUAUGCUGAACCAUGAGCCAGAAAUGCAGGAGAGCAUGCUGCUGCGCGGCGACUAGAGUGAUGAGGACUUGGAGAACGAGUUCUCCGAAACCGCGGGCCCCCGCGCUUUGGAGCUCCUGAUGGUAAUGGGGGAGGUUCUACCUGUUCCUCGCCAAUUUUGGGCCCGGGAAACAUGCACAGACUGGUGGGACCGCAUAGUCUUGCAGGUGUGGGACGAUUCGCAGUGGCUGCGGAACUUUUGCAUGCGUAAGAGCACUUUCUUCGAACUUUGUGACUUGCUUUCCCCUGUCCUGAAACGCCAUAAUACCAGGAUGAGAGCAGCCCUCACAGUGGAGAAGCGAGUGGCAAUAGCCCUCUGGAAGCUUGCAACGCCAGACAGCUACCGGUCAGUCGGGAAUCAAUUUGGAGUGGGCAAAUUUACUGUGGGGGCUGCUGUCCUGGAAGUAGCCAAAGCAAUCAUUAAGCUGCUGCUACGAAAGGUUGUGACUCUGGGAAACGUGCAGGUCAUAGUGGAUGGCUUUGCUGCAAUGGGAUUUCCUAACUGUGGGGGGGCCAUAGAUGGAACCAAUAUCCCUAUCUUGGCACCGGAGCACCAGGGCGCCCAGUACAUAAACCACAAGGGGUACUUUUCAAUGGUGCUGCAAGCACUGGUGGAUUACAAGGGACGUUUCACCAACAUCCACGUGGGAUGGCCAGGAAGGGUUCAUGACGCUCGUGUCUUCAGAAGCACUACUCUGUUUAAACGGCUGCAGCAAGGGACUUACUUCCCAGACCAGAGAAUUACAGUUGGAGAUGUUGAAAUGCCUAUAGUUAUCCUGGGGGACCCAGCCUACCCCUCGAUGCCCUGGCUAAUGAAGCCAUACACAGGCAGCCUGGACAGUGGUCAGGAGUUGUUUAACUACAGGCUGAGCAAGUGCAGAAUGGUGGUAGAAUGUGCAUUUGGCCGUUUGAAAGGGCGCUGGAGAACCUUACUUACUCGCUCAGACCUCAGCCAAACCAAUAUCCUCUAUGUUAUUGCUGCUUGCUGUGUGCUCCACAAUUUCUGUGAGAGUAAGGAGGAGACCUUUAUAGCGGGGUGGGAGGCUGAGGCAAAUCACCUGGCCGCUGAUUAUGCGCAGCCAGACACCAGGGCAAUUAGAAGAUCACACCAGGAAGCGGUGCGCAUCAGAGAAGCCUUGAAAACGAGUUUCAUCAUGGGCCAGGGUACGGUGUGACUGCUGUGUUUCUUUCCCCUUAAUUAACCCCCCCCCCAAUGUAUUGACUCCUGCUGCUACAAGCAAGCUUCCCUCCACCCUUCCAGAACAUCUUGCUUACUAUCGUUACCAACCCACCCUCCCACUGCCUUUGAAUAGCAUGUCCUAAGAUUAAAAGAAAUGAAAAGGUACCCCGGGAGUGGUUUGGGAGGAGUAUAGGAGGGAAGAAAAAUGCCAUUAAGGGCAUUUCAA